AGAUGAAUUACACAACAAGCAGCACAUUCUGCACAAGUUUUACAUGAGUUUCGCUCGAAAACUGGGAGGAGCAGUAAGGCCUCUAGGGGCUGUGAGCAGGACUAGUGGUACCGUAUGUUAGCCUGGACCAACCACGGUAGGCAGCAUUAUGGAAGUAUACACCUGGACAAACCAUGGCACCCAAGGUAUCUAGAAUUAUAGUGGUGUUAAGCUUGGUAAUAAAAGAUACAAGCAUUGGGUAAUGAUCACAGAUGGAGGUCCUGACGUGAAUUACAGAGUCCAUGCAUGCUAUAAAGUAGCUACCAGGCUAGGCAUUGGUGGCUACUUACAUGGCGUUAGUAUAGCUUUAGUCAGGUCAGAAGAAGCGGUGCCACGAGUUCCUGGAGACCUUGAAGAAAGUAGAAGCGAGCACCGAGUUCACAAAACUCACCACCUCCAUCAACCAACUCAUCUACACCACCAGGCUCCCCUGGAUCUUUGUGCUGACCAUGGCCUGGCUAGUGGCGGUACUCUACCUUGCCUUUGGCGCCAUAUGGCCACUGGACUGGACACAUAUGAGGUCGCAUUGUAGGGGAUGGUUCAGGAAGGGUAGUCUGAGUCCAUGGGAGGUACUGAUGGUGGGAAAGAAGAAGGGGAGGGGUAUAUUGGAGUUUUUUGGUGGGACAUAGUGGCAAAGUAGUGGCGCCUUCGGCGCGAUAACUAAGGGUAAUGUG